UUCCGCCCCCACGUGCCUGCGGCCCGCUGCGCUGGAGAGCUUGGGGAGCGCGUUGGCGGCACCAUGCCUUCCCUGGAGGCUAUCCGCUACUCGCGGGGCUCGCUGCAGAUCCUCGACCAGCUGCUGCUGCCCCAGCAAUGCCACUAUGAGGUGGUGGGAUCAGUGCGACAGGCUUGGGAAGCCAUCCGCGCUAUGAAGGUGCGCGGCGCCCCUGCUAUUGCACUUGUAGGCUGCCUCAGCCUGGCCGUGGAGCUGCAGGCCGGCGCUGGAGGUCCGGGACUCAACGCGCUCGUGGCCUUCGUGCGCGACACACUGAGUUUCCUGGUCACCGCCCGACCCACUGCUGUGAAUAUGGCCCGCGCUGCCCGCGACCUGGCCAACGCUGCAGCCCAGGAGGCCGAGCAGGAGGGCGCCACGGAGGAGGCUGUCCGGGAGAGAGUGAUCUGCUAUGCUGAGGACAUGCUGGAGAAGGACCUCAGGGACAAUCGGAAAAUUGGGGACCUGGGAGCUCACCACCUCCUGGAGCGGGCAGCCCAUGGGGGCAGCAAGGUGACCGUGCUGACCCACUGUAACACCGGUGCACUAGCCACUGCUGGCUACGGCACAGCCCUGGGUGUGAUCCGUUCACUGCACAACCUUGGCCGCCUAGAACAUGUCUUCUGCACAGAGACCCGGCCCUACAACCAGGGGGCCCGGCUGACAGCCUUCGAGCUGGUCUAUGAGCAGAUUCCUGCCACCCUCAUCGCCGACAGCAUGGCAGCCGCCGCCAUGGCCCACCGAGACGUGUCAGCUGUCAUCGUGGGAGCUGACCGUGUGGUUGCCAAUGGCGACACAGCCAACAAGGUGGGCACCUAUCAACUGGCCAUUGCCGCCAAGCACCAUGGCAUCCCCUUCUAUGUAGCUGCCCCCAGCUCCUCAUGUGACCUUCGUCUGGAGACAGGCCAGCAGAUUGUCAUUGAGGAGCGCCCAGGCCAGGAGCUGACUGAUGUCAACGGGGUCAGGAUUGCAGCACCAGGAAUUGAGGUUUGGAAUCCUGCCUUCGAUGUCACCCCCCAUGACCUCAUCACUGGUGGCAUCAUUACAGAGCUGGGUGUCUUUGCCCCCAAAGAGCUCCAGACAGCCCUAAGCACCACCAUCUCCUGAGGGCAGAGACCCUAGAUGAACCCCAGAAGUAACCAACCUGGAUCUGCAUACCCAUAAAAUUUACUGGUGGCCUGCCCCAAGGCUGACCUUCUUCCCCACAACCACGCUGUUUCCUAGAGCAGGGAUAGUGGACAGGGCCUUUGCUUGGCUCUUAAAAGCCUAGCAGCUGGAGCUAGGCUACCCCAAUUCAUAUCCUACUUCUGCUGCUUUUUCUGCUGUGUGACCUUGGCCAAAUCACUGCACCUCUCCAAGGUUUGGUUUCCUCAUUCAUAACAUGUGGACAAUACUGGUACCGCCCUCGUAGGCUGCUCUCAGGACUAGAACUACAGUGACGUCUCGGGUGCAGAAUUUUAAAGGGAAUACCAGAAAGCUCAGUAACCAAGAUAAUAAUAGCAAGUUAGUGCAGAAACAAACCCAUGAACAAAAUACCAAGAAAAAAUGAGAGAAUGGAACCCUACAUUUGCACAUCUUGACCUUACCUAUCUCUGAUGCAAGCAUUUGUUCCAAUUAAACUUCCUUUAUAUCAGGCUGCCCGUCUACAGGCAGCAGUUUCACAACUUGAUUA